CCAUCCCAGUCUCACCAAGAAACGAAAUAGCAAGGAUAACCCACAUCAAGUUUACCUUCUCCCUUCAAGAUGAGCGGACAGGUUGGAUCGAACGAUGAAGAUGCGGUGAUGAUCGAUCUGAAGCCGAUAUCCGCCCUAGCUGGACCAAGCUCUCCUCAGCCGAACAACAAGACCAAUAGCCAAACUGAAGGCUUACUUGAUUUCGGCCCAGUAAAAGAACAAGGCUCUUCAAAGGGACUCACUCAAACGGCUAAGGUCACCAUCUCUCCUCAGCGCCUGACACCUCUGAAGAAAUCCUGGCCGCAAAUCUAUACGCCUCUGGUAGAAGAGCUAGGCUUGAUGGUCAGAAUGAAUGUGGGAUCGCGGAGGGUAGAGCUCAAGAGUUCUAAACACACUCUUUCACCGGCCUCAUCCACGAUCACCAAGGCUGUCAACUUCCUUCAAUGCUUUAACCUCGGAUUCGCUGUUGAGGACGCAUUGGCACUCCUCAGAUUGGAAGAGAUUUAUAUCGAGUCCUUCGAGAUUAAGGACGUCAAAACCUUAACUGGCGAUCAUCUGAGUCGUGCUAUCGGUCGCAUCGCGGGUAAGGACGGUCGCACUCGAUUCACCAUUGAAAACGCCAGUCGGACUAGAAUCGUGCUUGCGGAUACGUAA